AUGUCUACUCUUCGUCUUAUUUCAACAUUACGUUCAUCAUUAUUGAGAAUUAAAUCUUAUCAAAGAUUCUUAUUACCAUCUUCUCAGUUAUUAUUUCCAUCGACAUCAUCUCAUAUUUUAACACCGACAAUACAACAGACUUGUUUAUUUUCUUCUUCAACAGUAUGUCAUGGUAGACGUCGAGAUAAAAUUGAUGGAAGUCUUACUGAAGAAGUUAAUAAUGAAGAAGAAGAAGAAGAUAAUGAUAAUGAUGAUGCUAGUGGAAUAGAUCAAAAUGAAGAAGAAAAAAUACGAACUAGUAUUCAACAAUAUAAAAUACCAAAAGGAUAUCGAAUAAUCAUUCGACAUAUUGCUUCACUUCGUCUAGAUAUUAUUUGUUCAGCCGGAACUGGUAUGGGACGAAGUACGAUCGAAGAUGAAUUCUAUGGUUCAAAACUACGUGUUAAUGGUGAAAAAUCAACUAAAAAAGCACAACAAAUUAAAGAAGGCGAUGUUAUUGAUUUAGUGACUACACGUAUAGAAGGUGCAAAAUACAAUUCCAAACGAAUUAUUGUGUAUAAAGUAUUUGAUGAAAAAUCAAUAAAAAAUAAAGUGAAAGUCUGUUUAAUUGCAUGGCGACAAGGUGUAGAAGUUGAUGGAUCGCAAUGGAGUUAA